CAUCAUCCAGGAUCAUUGAGGGUUCGUCCGUCCCUUGCAACCGAACAAAAACAUGUUACAACAUAGACUACUGGCACCCCUUCGGGUGCUGGAGAGAGCAAUUGUGCCAACGCUCCGCUCGUCACAACCAAUCUCCCGACCACCGCCAUCGAUACUUCUACGAACCAACAUCUCCGCAUCAACCCCAUUCUCAAACCUCCUCCCCUUCUUUCAAGUCCGCCAUGCCUCUCAUGCCACUCAGGGUACGGCGAAUCGACAUUCCCGUGAUCCCGCGGGAAAGCGUCUCGGCGCGAAACGUACCGGUGGUGAAUACGUCGUCCCAGGGUGUAUCAUUUUCCGGCAGCGCGGAACGAAGUGGUUCCCCGGUGAGAAUUGUGCGGUCGGCAGGGACCAUACCAUCUAUGCCACCGAGGCUGGAUAUGUGAGAUACUACUUAGAUCCCGAACGGCACCCCGACCGGAAAUACAUCGGUGUCUGCUUUGAGAAGGACGGCAAAUUGCCUACGCCUCGGAAUGCCCCGACCAGGCGGAAAUUGAAUAGGGUCGCCGUACCUCGCUCCGAUGAGGUCCCUACGCUGAUUGCUGGCCAGUCGGAUCUGGUUGCGACUAUCGAGAACGGUACUAUGGUAUCUAGCGUUGAGGCCGUGAACGCCGAAUCGGGCUCCCAGCUACGUCCGGGUUAUAUGUACCGUGAGGCGAAUUGGCAGAUUGGUCGGGCUGCUGAGAAGGCUGGUAUAACAGCGAAGGCUUACAACCCCAAGAACCGUUGGCUGGCGUGGAGGAAGAGGCAGGCUAGAGCUGAUCGCGCCGCCCAGAUGAAGAGUCUCAAGAACAAGAAGAAGGCUUCGAAGAAGGGCAAGGGUGCCCGUUAACUGAUACAUAUCCAGCACUUUUACAAGGGUCAUAUGUCUACUUUUUGUACUAUAGAGAAAUGUCUACAUCUAGUGAAUCGUUAUCCAGCGCAUCGUGUAUCAGGAUCGCUCAUGAGGAAUGUAAGUAAUUGAAGUAAGAUUCAUUAAAGCUUUAACCAAAACAAUCGCGGACACGUUGGGGGUAUAACUGCUAUUAUAAAU